AUGAUGGCUGACUCCCUAACCGAAGAACAAGUUUCCGAGUUUAAGGAAGCAUUCUCCCUCUUUGACAAGGAUGGCGAUGGACAAAUCACGACGAAAGAGUUGGGCACCGUGAUGAGGUCGCUUGGCCAGAAUCCCAGCGAAUCCGAGCUCCAAGACAUGAUCAACGAGGUGGAUGCCGACAACAAUGGCACGAUCGACUUCCCUGAGUUCUUGACGAUGAUGGCAAGGAAAAUGAAGGACACCGACUCCGAGGAGGAGAUCCGUGAAGCGUUCAAGGUGUUCGAUCGUGACAACAACGGCUUCAUCUCAGCUGCCGAAUUGCGCCACGUCAUGACCUCAAUCGGAGAGAAAUUGACGGAUGACGAGGUGGAUGAGAUGAUCCGGGAGGCCGAUCAGGAUGGCGAUGGCAGGAUUGACUACAACGAGUUUGUGCAGCUCAUGAUGCAGAAGUAA